UCCUAUAAACCGAUCAGAACAAUCACUGCUCUUUUGAUUGAAUCCGUGAAUCGAUCAAAAUGGAGAGAAGAAAUCGCAAGACUCUACUGUUCUGCUUCUGCUUAUUCUUCUCGUUGAUAAUCUUGUCCUCCGCCUUUCAAUCCGACGAGCUCCUUCAGGACGACGAGGAGUUCGGACUCGAAGGAAGAAGAGCUCCCGACCUCGAUCACAUAAACCCUACUCGAACUCCGUCUGCUCCGGUAAGAAGGAGAUCUUCAUCUGAUCACGAUUCGGAUUCGAAGGUUCAGUUUUCGCUUGAACAUGCCUUUGCAGACUCUGAUUUCUCUCCUGCUGGAACCUUCACUGCUCGCCUCAAGACCUCCAGUCAUGGUGGACAGACUUUAACUAAACUUCGAUUUUCAAGGACUGGUUUUAGUGAAACAGAGAAGGAAGAGUUCAAAAAGCUGCUGAAGGAUGACGAAUUCUAUAGGAUAAGAAUACCGUCUAAUGUAUUGAGCCCUCCGGGGAAGGAUUACAUUAUAUCGUCAGUCAAAGCAAGGUGUCUUCCACGCGAAGGUCUGGAUGAGCAUUUUGUCAUUCACAUGGAUGGUGUGAAUAUUUUGGCUGUUAACUAUGGUUCUCCUGGAGCAUGCCAGUAUCCUCGGCCACUGAAAUAUCCUGGGAAGUGGUCUUUCAACUCCUACACAGUCCUGAAGAACAGCGAACAGGCACCGAGAACUCCAGUGUUUUCAGAAGAAAUUCUUGGUGGGGAAAACAUAGAAGGUGAAAGCACAAAACCACCAGAGAGAUCAUUUUGGGCUAAAUAUUGGAUGUAUCUGAUUCCUCUCGGGCUUAUCGUCAUGAAUGCCAUCACUCAAGCAAUGAACUUGCCUGAAGAACAAGCAGUGGCCCAAACACAGCAGACAAUGCAACAGCGUGCACCAAGUUCUGCUGUGCGAAGAAGAUGACAGAUUAAAAACAAUUUGGUAUGAAUUACAUUGCGGUUACCUUCCUGUAAAUGGAUUGUGCUGCAUCCACCCAAAAUCUGAACCACAAUCCAUGCUCGUGGAUCUUGAUGUCAACUUUCAUUUGAAGGGGGAACUAAACAUGAAGCUUGACUCACGUCAAGUCGAUGUAAUUUAUUUCAGCAUUUUCUUAUUUGCAUGCUUUUUCUAAGUGCUUGAAUGGAUUUCUAGUUCUAGCACAAUCUUGUUGAAGUGCCAGUGGUGUUCGGUAGGGAAAUUUGACUUCAUCAUGGAUUUAGA